CGCCGCCAUGGAUCGCGAGUGGGGCUCCAAGCCCGGCAGCGGCGGCGCCGCCUCCGCGCAGAAUGAGGCCAUCGACCGGCGGGAGCGCCUCCGCCGCCUGGCCCUCGAGACCAUCGACCUCGCCAAGGACCCCUAUUUCAUGCGCAACCACCUCGGCAGCUACGAGUGCAAGCUGUGCCUGACGCUGCACAACAAUGAGGGGAACUACCUGGCCCACACGCAGGGGAAGCGGCACCAGACCAACCUCGCCAAGCGCGCCGCCCGCGAGGCCAAGGACGCACCCGCGCAGCCUCAGCCCAACAAGCGCAAGCUUGCCCCCCGCAAGUCUGUUAAGAUUGGCAGACCUGGGUAUAAAGUAACCAAACAAUAUGAUCCUGAGAUGAAGCAACACUCGUUUCUUUUUGAAAUUGGUUACCCGGAAAUCGAAGAUAAUUGCAAGCCAAGGCACCGUUUCAUGUCAUCAUAUGAACAGAAAGUCCAAAGUUGGGAUAAGGGUUAUCAGUACCUACUUUUUGCUGCAGAGCCCUAUGAAAUUAUUGCAUUCAAGAUACCAAGUACAGAGAUUGAUAAAUCAGCGAACAAAUUCUUCUCUUACUGGGAUCCUGACAAGAAGGAAUAUCUACUGCAACUGUACUUCAAGCCAAGACCGCCAGAAGCUAAUAAACCACCACCAGCUCCUCCGGGGACUUUGCCUAAUGGGACUGGGGUUCCUGGUGCUCCAACAAGGCCACCGGCGCAAGCCCCUCCACCCCUGCCACAAGUUCCACCGCCCCCGCCUCAUGCACCUCCUCCUGCACCCAUGGGAAUGCCCCCUAGGAUUCCUCCACCCCCUAUGGGUGGUGUUCAACCUCCGCCGCCUCCUCCACCGCCAGUUGCAAAUGGUCCGCGGCCAAUGAUUCCACCGCCACCUAACUUCACUCCUGGAGCACCCCCACCACGCCCUCCAAUGCAUGGUUUUCCUGGGCAACAACAGCAGUAGUUAAGUGCUUAGCAAUGUUCCAGUAAUUGACAGUCGGCAAAAGUUUCACGCUUGCUUGUGUUGCCUUAUGUUUUCCAACUCAAAACUUUGAAUGUUAUCAUAGGCUUACAUGGUCUCUAGACUAUACUCAGAUUUGGUCGACCGAUUUGGUCAAAUUGCAAGAAAUUGAGUUACAUCAAAAUCCAAGGUACAAAGGAAGACAACAAUUAAAACCAUCAAAAUGGUGAAAGUGCAAUGGAGUCAGUACUUGUUUGAAGAAGCCACAUGGUAAGUGGAAGUCACGAUAGGAAGCAAUAUCCAUAUCUCUUCGACUCAAGAUAACUAGAAGCCAUUGUUUUGUAGCAAAGUUUAGUUUGGGUUCAAAGGGAUAGCUAGGAGGGAACGAAAAUUGCUAAUUUCUCUCGAUUUUGAUUUUCAAUGCAUAACACCUAUUUUGGUUAAUCUCAGGGCACAUUUUUUCCCCAAAGGGGAGGUUGGUCAUGACCCUAUCAUGAUAGUCAUUUCCAUACUCAUCAUGAGAAUUAUAUGCAUUUGAAUCUCAAUUUGUUU